GCAGAUCUCGGGACGAAUGGUCUUCAAAGAUGUUGCCCUGUACUUCACCCAGAAGGAGUGGCAGCUUCUGGGACCUUCCCAGAAGGAUCUGUACAAGGAGGUCAUGCUGGAGAACUACAGGAACCUGGCCUCGCUGGGGCAUUUGUUUUUCAAACCGAAGUUGAUCACCAGUUUAGAGAAAGGAGUUGAACCUUAUGUUAAAGACAUACCUGUCCCUGGAAAUCCCCAGCAAGAUGAUAAGGGAGUCAGUGGAAGUGACACCUCCACAGGGAAGAAGACAAAGCAGAAACUAAAGACACAAAUUUUGAAGCCAGGCAGUUCUAAGACUCCACAGGAGGAAAAAGUGCAGAAAAUAGUCCAAAGAGAUGAACCCCAGAGUGCAAGGUCAGAGAGGGCUUUGGAAAGUAAAAGCAACCCAUCUCUGGACAAGCAGAAGUGUGGCCAAUGUCUGACCAUAGUAGGGUCAUGCAAAAAAGUCUUUCUUGGCAAGAUAGGCCAUGAAUCUGUGGUCCUAAGGAGACUUUUGAGUCAAACACCAACAACCACAACACCAAAGAGCACUCCUGGAGGAGAGAAUUCCCCAAAGAAAGACAUUCAUGGAAAAACACAGGAUGCUGCAAAACAAAAGAGUGCCCGAAAGGGUAAGAACCACUUCAAAUGCAAGGAAUGUGGGAAGACCUUCAACCAGACCCUCCACCUCGUGGAACAUGAGCGAAUUCACACAGGAGAGAAACCCCACAAGUGUGAUGAAUGUGGGAAAUCCUUCAGGCACAGCUCUUAUUUCUUCACACACUACCGGAUUCACACAGGGGAGAGACCCUACAAGUGCAAUGAGUGUGGGAAAGCAUUCAACAGCAGCUCCACCCUCCGCAGUCACCAAAGGGUCCACACAGGGGAGACGCCCUUCCGGUGUGACGAGUGUGGAAAGACCUUCAAACAAAGCACAAAGCUGGCACGCCAUCGCCGGGUGCACACAGGGGAGAAGCCCCACAAGUGUGGGGAGUGUGGGAAGUGCUUCAGCCGCAGGUCGUCUCUGAGGGAACACAAAAGAAUCCACACAGGAGAGAAGCCUUACUGCUGCCGUGUGUGUGGAAAAACAUUCAGAGUCAACUCCCAUCUUGCAGAACAUCAGAGGCUCCAUCAAGAGAAAAGGCCUCACCGGUGUGAAGAGUGUGGGAAGUACUUACGAAAUGCCUCUCACCUGUCAGAACACAAGCGAAUUCAUGCACCAGGGACCCGAGAGGAAUGCCCAGAAUGUGGGAAAGCCUUCCCCAGCAAGGAGACCCUCCUUAAGCAUCAGAAGAACCAUGAAGAAGACACCAAGCACCUGUGUCAGGGAUGUGGGAAAUCCUUCAGGUGUAAGUCAAGCAUCCAGAGACAUCAGAGGCUGCAUGCUGGGGAGAAACCUUUCAUGUGCACUGAGUGUGGGAAAGGGUUUACUGACAGGACCACCCUGAAUAAUCACCGCAAAAUCCACUCUGAAGACAGGCCUGAUCCAUGCAGCCAGUGUGGGAGAGCCUUCAGACACCUGGCUACCCUGAUGCUCCACCAGGAGAUGCAUGCUAAAAAGGGAAAGCCCCGUCCUGCUGUGUGA